CGUCCCUGCCUGCCGUCGUCGCAGCCGUGCCUCUCCUCCUCACUCUCACUCCACCGCAGCAGCGACUCGACAGCUGCACCGCCUCUCACCCACACUACCCAUCCCACCCAGCCCGCCUGCGCCGGCCGCCUCUCGCGCUCGCGCCAUGGCCGUGUCUCCCUCGUGGCAGGGCCAGCAGCGCGGCAGCAUGCCCGCCGCCGCCUUCCGCCAGAACUCGGCCGGCGGCUACGGCUCGCCCGCAGGCGCCGAGAGCAACGACGUGGCGCUGCAGCAGCAGCAGUACCAGCAGUACCUGCUGCAGCAGCAGCAGCAGCAGCAGCAGCAGCAGCAGAUGAGCCCACGCGGCGGCGUCUCGCCCGCACAGCGCAACUCGACGGCCUUCCCCUCGGGCCAGCCGGGCCUGCCGCGCAAGGGCUCGUACGGCCCGCCGCAGGGCAACGGCGCGCCGCAGCCGCAGCAGCGCUCCUCGUCGCCCACCAGCAUCGCGCCGUCGACGGACUCGGGCAGCACGCAUCGGCGCACCCUCUCCAUGCGGCCCAUGACGGCCUACCAGCCCCUCGAGGCGGCCGACCCGUACAGCUCGCCCGGCUCGCCUGCACGGCCGCCGUCGCCGACGGGCUCGACGACGCGCUCCAUCCGCACCGCCGCGGCGCCGCUGACGUUCCGCAGUCCGGAGCUGCGCAGUGCGCUGGCGCUGCAGGAUGCGCAGCAGAAGAAAAUCUACAUGGAGGGCUACCUCUCGCGCCGCGACGACCUCGGCGCCGACGGCAAGCCGCUGCACGUCGGCGACGCAAAGAAGCGCUGGCACCUCUGCUUUGUGCAGCUCGCCGGCACCGUGCUCAGCGUGUGGAGCGUGCAGCAGAUGGAAGAGGCGGCGCGCGAGGGGCGCGAGGUGCCGCCGGCGUACGUCAACAUCACCGAUUCGUUCGUCGACUUCAUCGGCACGCUGACCGAGUCGCCUGCCGACGUGCCCGGCUCGCGCGGCCGCUACGAAAACGUCUUUGCCGUGAAUGCGGCCGGGCAGAACCGCAUUCUCUUCGGCGUCGAGGGCAGCGUGGGCCGCCGCCUCGUGCAGGCCUGGAUCAACGCCAUCCGCCUGGCGUCGUGGGAAAAGGUGCGCCUCGAGGAGAUCUACACUGGCGCGCUGAUCCGCGCGCGCCUCGGCGCCAACAACCCCGCUGCCAACGCCGAGGCGGCCGCCGCGGCCACGAGCGGGCCCGGCGGCGCGCCCGGCGCCCUCGAGAUGAGCAUCAAGAGUCCCCUCACAAAGGGCCGCAUGGAAGGCUGGGUCAAGGCGCGCUUCAUGGGCACGCGCGAGUGGAAGAAGUGCUGGCUCGUGCUUGCCGAGGCGCCCUCUGGCGGCUCGGCCAUCGGCUCGCCGCUGGCGGACGGCGGCGCGUCGACGGCAUCCAAGGGCGGCCUGUGGAGCAAGCUCAAGGCCGGCGAUCGCAGCAGCAUCAUGGGUCUCUCGAUGCCCUCGCAAAGCCCCAUGCUCGCCGCGCCCGAGAUCGAGCCGCCGCCGGGCGCAAACGGCGCGCCCGGUCUGGCGUGUUUCUUCGAGUCGAAAAAGGCAAAGAAGCCCUUCUCGACGCUGCAGUACGCCGCACACGCGUGUGCCGUGUACCCCAGCCGGCCAGAGCUCGUCGAGGGCAGCAGCCUGUUCAAGGUCGAGGGCGCGUUUGCGCAGAGCGCGGCGACGAGCGCCACGGGCAAGAUUCGCCAGACAGGCUGGGUGCUCAUCAUGCCUGAGCUGGCAGAGGGCGCGGCGAGCAAGGGCGCCAAUGCAGAGAUGAUGAAGUGGGUCAUCGCCUUCAUGGAUGUGUUCCGUCUCUACGGCCGGCCCAACGCCUUCGAGUGGGACGCUCGCAGUCCCAUCUCUGCCUUCUUUGCCUACCCGAUCGGCCCGUUCAAGGACCGGCUCUUCCUCGACCGUGAGCUGGCCGAGUUCCUCGACAUUCGCGAGGAGCGCCACUUGGCGAACCGCAACAACUUGCACGGCAUCAUGGCUGCUCGCAUGCGCGGCGAGCGAACGCCGGUGCUGCCGCCGCUGCCGCAGCCUAAUGCUGAGAGCACAAAGAGCCUCGAUGGCGCAAAGGGCAAGCUGGCAGAUAGCUCUGCGCCUGCUGCUCAGCAGCAGCAGCAGCAGCAGCAAGAUCGUCGUCAAUCGACUGGCCCUGCCACACUGCCUGCCUUCAACGGCGGUCUGCCACCGCUCGACUUCAGCGACAGUGCUGCGCCUACCGAGGCUACCAGCUCCUCGGCCAGCUCGAUCCGUCCCAGUGCGCUCGACUCCAUCGGCGAGCGCAGUCGCGAGGGCAGCGCCAUGACGACGCCAGUGGCGCUCUCGACUGGCGGACACGCGCAAGGCGCUAGCUUUGCCUCGACGACAGCUCCGCUGGCUGUCAACAAGUCGGACAGUGCCAGCAUCGCUACUUCGCAAGCUAGCAUUCCGCCGACCUCGCCCCGCAUGGGCCAGCGACCGGGUCGGCCGCCGCGUGAGCCGCGCAAUGAGGCGGGCAGCAACGCCGCUGCUGCGGCUGCUGCCGCUGCCGCUGCGCCAGCUGCCUUUGCGGCUGGAGGGCAGGCGGCGCAAGCGAACGGUGCCUACUCGCCCGCUCAAGCUGCAAGCCCGCCGCCGAGCUCGAUUCGUUCCUUUGCUCCUCCGUCGGCCGCUCAGCAGCCGCUGUCUCCUCAGCAGUCCAUUGCGGCGCGCUCCAUGCGUGCUCCCGCAGACGAGACGGCGAGCAUCACCUCUGCGCACUCUCGCCAGACGAGCGCACAGCCUGCCACGGCCGCACCUGUGGUGGCCGCUGCACCGGCGCUCGCUGCUGCUGCGCCCAUUGCGGUGCCGCAGCAGCCUCGUGUGCUCGAGGCGUCGGGACGUGGAGCAGAGUCGCAGCCGCAGCUGUCGGUGCCCACGGGCCAGACCUCAGACAGUGGCUCUUACGACGAGGGCGCGUUGUUCUACAUGAACUCCAUGAGCGAUCAGCUGCCGGCUGCACAGCCCACGUAUUCGCAGCCGGCCGUGCAGCAGCAACAGCAGCGCUCGACACUCUCGCCCGUCGAGGCACCUGCCGCCGCCGCCGCGGCGGCGCCGCAGCCUUCGACGUCUUCGCACAGCACGCACUCGACGGCGUACGGCGCCGCAUCGGCACAGCACGUGCAGCAGAGCGAGCAGCAGCAGGCACCCGCGGCCGUGGCACCUGCACGCCGUGGCACGGGCGACGACAUCGGCGAGGACGCGCUGGCUGCCUACUCGUUCCUCGACCAGCCGCCUUCGCCCGUCGUGCGCCAGCGCAGCCUGCAAGGCGGCUCUUCGUCGCCCUCGGGAGCGGGCAUUGCCGCGCCUGCUGUGGCUGCGCCCGUCAUUGCUGCGCCUGCCGCCCGCACGCCGGCGGGCAACUUCCCCUCGACGUUCGGCAAGAACAACAACAAGGCUGCAGAGCGCAAGACGGCCGCACAGCUGCAGGCGUUGGCGCACCAGGAGGCCAUGAACAAGCCGGGCCGCGCCGGCGGCAAGAAGAAGACGAUGGCAAAGGGCCCGCGCAGCCAUGCGUGGGGCGAGGAGUCGAGCGAGGACGACGACGAAGAGGAGGAGGAGGACGAGGAGGACGAGGUGCCAUUGCCGCGCAGUCGCCAGCCAUCGACGGGCAUGGUGCCCUCGCCGCGCAACGGCACGCCCGUCGCCUCGGGUCCGCCGAGCACGUACAACAGCAACGACUCGGCCCAGCAGCAGCAGUUGCUUGCCGAGCAGCAUCAGUACUACCUCGAGCAGCAGCAGCAGCGUGCCGCUGCCUCGGCAUACGGCACGCCCGGAAGCCUCGACCCGGCACAGUACGGCGGCGACAGUCGCUCGCGCUCCAUCUCGCCCGGCGCGGCGCAGACGCGCGCUUCGCGACCGGGUGGACCCUCGGGUCUGCUGGCGCAGCAGCAGCGCAUGUCCGUCUUCAAUUCGCACCUCAGCCACAACGACGGCGGCGCCAGUCCGCAGAACAGCGGCAGUGCUUCUGGUGAUGUGCCUGCUCCUGGGCGCAACACAUUCGUGCAGCUGGCCGCUGAGGAGCAGCCGGGCGCCAUGACGACGGUCUUCCAGCCGCACGGCCUGCUGCAGGCGGGCGCGCAGGACAAGGCCGAGCGGUCGGCCAAGAACCAAGAGAUGGAUGCGCGCAUGAGCGGCAACCACAUGGUCAAUGUGCCCAACAAGCCGCCGCCGCCGCAAGCCGGCCUCCUCGGCGCCAUCACGGCCCACGAGCGCGACCGCAAGGCCGCCGGCGGCUACGGCGCCACGCUGACGGAGCGCGAGCGCGAGCGUGUCGCGGCGGAACGCCGCCAGCGCGAAGAGGACAACAUGCGCCAGCAGCAGCAGCAGAUGAUGAUGGCCGGCGGCGGCCAGUGGGGCGGCAUGCCGAGCAUGCCCAGCUUCAACCCGAUGAUGUGGCAGCAGAUGCAGAUGAUGGGCAUGAUGCAGCCGCACAUGAUGGGCGGCGGCUUUGGCGGCUCGCAGAUCGGCGGCGCCGGCAUGGGCUCGCCGGACCCGCAGCAGGCGAUGCAGCAGCAGAUGAUGAUGCAGCAGCAGAUGCAGCAGCAGCAGAUGUUUGCUGCACAGCAGGCGGCCCAGCAUGCCUACAUGCAGGCCAUGUCCCAGGCGCCAGGCUCGGCAAUUGGAGGCCACGAGCCGCACGGCUCGCCGCAAGGCAUGCCGCCGAGCAGCAUGCCGAUGCAAGGCGGCAUGCCCUUCAACCCCUACAUGAGCAUGUACGGUGCUCCGAUGGGCUUUGGUGCUCCUUUCAUGACGCCGCAGCCUGCGGCGUCCGAGUUCGGCCAGGGCAUUCCGCGCCAAGGCUCGCCGGGCACACAGCGCCCUUCGCGGCCGCGUGAGGACUCGGGAGCAGGAGGCUCGCCUCUGCGACGAUGAUCGUCGCGCCCGGCCAGUCCAGCGAGGCCGUAGUGCGGCCAGCAUCCGAUCUCUCCCCCUCUCCCCUUUCUCCUGUUUUGCCUCGGCGUCCCUCGUCGAGCUCCUCACGCUCCCUCUUCCUCCUCCAAAAACAACGACGCGCUGAGCCUUCCGCUCGCCGUCCGUCAUUUGCUCCUCGCGAUGACACUGCAGUUCAGUCUGACGCAACCGCUCCUUGACCCACGUUCUCUUACCUCUCUGUGCACAUACUUCUUCACCUCCCUCGCCCCUCCUUCUUUGUCUCCCUUACCUGCCUCCUCGUCCCACUGCUGCCCCCGCCCGCCAGGCUCUCUGCUGGGUGCGGUGAAUAGACGCGUGAAAGCUCCAGACUCGUCAUAUCGCUGCCGCGCCGCAGCGGACAUGUCUGAGAGACGAGGAACGGGAGAUCUUAGAAGCAAUCGCAGUCGUGGAACAGA